CACCCAAAAUCUGGCCCUAAGCUCUUUCCAAACAAAGGCUGAAAAUUCUCCCCUGCCUGCCUGAAAUCAAUCUCAAAAGAUUGGUUGAUAAAAGAAGUGGACAAAGGAAAUCUAUGCCCAUACUUUCCAAGCAAUAUCCAUAAUUAGACUGGUAAGCGAAGAAGACUGGACGCCAAAAGGAUGCUGUGAGAUAUCUGGAAGAUCACCCAUGACAUUUUCAACGUACUGUGCAGUUGAAGGCCGAAAGAUAAACACAAAGCAUGAAACUUGGAAUAGCAGAAAUGGAAAGCAGCAUGUGCCUUAGCAGUGCAAUUUUGUCUCUGUGUUUGUCGUGUAUGUGGUUGGGAGUAGUGCCUUACAUUUCUGGUGCACAGACAGACACCAUCAAACCUCGGGAAGAGCUUCAAUUCUCGGAAAAAUUACUGGUUUCUGCAAAAGGGACUUUUACUCUAGGCUUCUUCAGCCUGCAAUCUGGCAGUUAUUUAGGAAUAUGGAACACAACUGAUCAUUCUAACAAGAAAGUUUGGGUUGCUAACAGAGACAAGGCUAUAUCCGGCACCGAUGCAAAUCUCACGCUGGAUGCCGAUGGCAAAUUGAUGAUCACUCAUAGUGAGGGUGAUCCAAUUGUCCUGAAUUCCAAUCAAGUAGCCAGAAACUCAACAGCUACUCUACUUGAUUCUGGAAAUUUUGUUUUGAAAGAGUUCAAUUCGGAUGGAUCUGUGAAGGAGAAACUAUGGGAGAGUUUCGAUAAUCCUACAGACACCCUCCUGCCUGGGAUGAAACUAGGCAUCAACUUGAAAACCGGGCGAAACUGGUCACUUGCUUCAUGGAUAAGCGAACAAGUGCCUGCUCCUGGGACUUUUACUCUGGAAUGGAAUGGCACACAAUUGGUGAUGAAACGCCGAGGGGGCACCUACUGGAGCAGUGGAACCUUGAAAGAUAGGAGCUUUGAGUUCAUUCCUUUGUUGAAUAACAUCUACAGUUUUAACAGUGUUUCGAAUGCAAACGAGAUUUACUUUAGCUAUUCAGUUCCAGAAGGAGUUGGUUCAGACUGGGUAUUGACCUCGGAAGGGGGACUUUUUGACACUAAUAGAUCUGUAUUUAUGCAGGACGAUCAGUGCGAUAGGGAUAAGGAAUAUCCAGGGUGUGCAGUGCAAAACCCACCCACUUGCAGGACUAGAAAAGACGGAUUCGUGAAGGAAUCGGUUCUCAUAUCAGGAUCACCAUCAUCAAUAAAAGAAAAUUCGAGCUUGGGCCUUGGUGAUUGUCAGGCUAUAUGCUGGAAUAAUUGUUCUUGUACUGCUUAUAAUAGUAUACACACUAACGGAACUGGAUGUCGGUUUUGGAGUACAAAAUUUGCACAAGCCUACAAGGAUGACGGAAAUCAGGAGGAGCGCUAUGUUUUAUCCUCAUCACGAGUGACGGGGAGCAGUUGGCGGAUAUGGGUCACUAUUGCAGGAGUGGUACUUGUGGUCUUGUUACUUUUGGGCUCCUUAUACUUUUUAACGAGAAAAUUCAGAGGGGAGAGAGAAAUGGAGGAAGCUAUGCUGCCUGAAUUGGCAACUUCAAACAGCUUUAGUGAUUCAAAAGAUGUUGAACAUGAUGGAACAAGGGGGGCUCAUGAUCUUAAACUGUUCAGUUUUGAUUCUAUUGUGGCUGCCACAAAUUACUUUUCAUCUGAAAAUAAACUUGGAGAGGGUGGUUUUGGCCCGGUUUAUAAGGGGAAAUUACUUGAGGGGCACGAAAUAGCAGUGAAGAGACUUUCAAGGGGCUCCAGCCAAGGAUUGGUGGAGUUCAAAAAUGAGAUUAGACUGAUCGCCAAACUCCAACACAUGAAUCUUGUUAGACUUCUGGGUUGCUGCAUCCAGGGAGAGGAAAAGAUGUUAAUCUAUGAGUUCAUGCCCAACAAAAGCUUGGACUUCUUCCUCUUUGAUCCUGAUAGAAGAAAGAUAUUGGACUGGAAAAGACGUCACAAUAUCAUUGAGGGGGUUGCGCAAGGACUUCUUUACUUGCAUAAAUAUUCAAGACUAAGAAUUAUUCAUAGAGAUCUAAAAGUAAGUAACAUCCUACUUGAUCAUGACUUGAACCCCAAAAUUUCUGAUUUUGGUAUGGCCAGAAUUUUUGGGCGAAAUGCGUCAGAAGCAAAUACAAAUAGGAUUGUUGGAACAUAUGGUUACAUGGCACCCGAGUAUGCCAUGGAAGGAAUUUUCUCAGUGAAAUCAGAUGUUUAUAGCUUUGGGGUCCUACUGUUGGAGAUUGUGAGCGGCCGGAAGAACAAAAGCUUUCAUCAUAACCACGGUGCCUUUGCCAUAAACCUGGCAGGAUACGCUUGGGAGCUAUGGAAAGAAGGUACUAGCUUGGAGCUAGUGGAUCCAAUGCUGGAGGAUUCCUACUCAACAACCCAAAUGUUGAGAUGCAUUCAUAUUGCUCUCUUGUGUGUACAGGAGAGCGCAGCAGAUAGGCCUACAAUGUCAGAUGUUAUCUCCAUGCUCACCAACGAAUCUGUGUCCCUACCAGACCCAAAUCUACCCUCAUUUUCCGCUCAUCAUAAAGUGUCAGAACUAGACUCAAACAAAAGCGGGCCAGAGAGCUCUUCUGUAAAUGUAACUAUUUCAGAGAUGGAAGGUCGGUCAGAGAUGGGGAGCAGUGAGUGCCUUAGCAGUGCAAUUCUCUCUCUCAUUUUGUCGUGUGUCUGGUUGGGAGGACCUUGCUCUUGUAGUGCACGGACAGACAGCAUCAAACUUGGGGAAGGGCUUCCAUUCUCGGAGAAUUUACUGGUUUCGGCACAAGGGACUUUCACACUCGGGUUCUUCAGCCUGGACACGGGCACUUAUUUAGGAAUCUGGUACACAAGUGAUGUUAACAACAAGAAAGUCUGGGUUGCUAACAGAGAUAAGCCUAUAUCUGGCACCAAUGCAAAUCUCAUGUUGGAUGGCAAUGGCACAUUGAUGAUCAUUCAUAGUGGGGGUGAUCCAAUUGUCAUGAAUUCCAAUCAAGCAUCCGGAAACUCCAUAGCUACCCUGCUUGAUUCUGGAAAUUUUGUUGUGGCAGAGUUAAAUACAGAUGGAUCGGUGAAGCAGACACUAUGGGAAAGUUUCGAUGAUCCUACAGACACGCUCCUGCCUGGGAUGAAACUAGGCAUCAACUUGAAAACCAGGCAAAACUGGUCACUCGCUUCGUGGAUAAACGAACAAGUGCCUGCUCCUGGGACUUUCACUCUAGAAUGGAAUGGCACACAACUGGUAAUGAAACGCCGAGGGGACAUCUACUGGAGCAGUGGAAUUCUGAAAGAUUUGGGUUUUGAGUUCAUUUCUUCGGUGAGGUUUGCAACUCACCAUAGCAUCUACUAUUUCAUCAGUGUCUGUAAUGACAACGAGAUCUACUUCAGCUAUUCAGUUCAAGACGGAGCUAUUUCAAAGUGGGUAUUGAACUCGAGAGGGGGAUUUUUUGACACUCACGGAACUCUAUUCGUGAAGGAAGAUAUGUGUGAUCGUUAUGACAAAUAUCCAGGGUGUGCAGUGCAAGAGCCACCCACUUGCAGGACUAGAGACUACCAAUUCAUGAAGCAGUCGGUUCUCAAUUCAGGAUAUCCAUCAUUAAUGAACAUAGAUACGAGCUUGGGCCUUAGUGAUUGUCAGGCUAUAUGCAGGAACAAUUGUUCUUGUACUGCUUGUAAUACUGUAUUCACCAAUGGAACUGGAUGUCAGUUUUGGAGGGAUAAAUUGCCACGAGCCCAAGUGGGUGACGCAAAUCAGGAGGAGCUCUACGUUUUGUCCUCAUCAGAAGACAUAGGGAAGCCUUGGUGGAUAUGGAUUAUCAUUCUCGCUGUAGUAGUAUUUCUGUUCAUGUUACCUGUCUUUUGUUGUUCACAGAGAAACUCCAGAGGGGAUGGAAAAAUGGGGGAAACUUCUUGUAAAAGGCGCAAAUCAUCAACUGCAAACACACUGAGUGAUUCAAAAGAUAUUGACAAUGUCAAACAGUUCAGUUUAGUUUCUGUUAUGGCUGCCACGAAUAACUUUUCUGAUGAAAAUAAAAUUGGAAAGGGUGGUUUUGGUCCUGUCUAUAAGGGGAAAUUAUCCACGGGCCAAGAAAUAGCAGUGAAGAGACUUUCAAGGGAUUCCGAACAGGGAUCGGCGCAGUUCUAUAAUGAAAGACUGAUUGCCAAACAACAACACAGAAAUCUUGUCAGACUUUUGGGUUACUGCAUCGAGGGAGAAGAAAAGAUGUUAAUCUAUGAGUUCAUGCCCAACAGAAGCUUGGAAGACGUCCUCUUUGCUCCUGCUGGAAGAAAGGGGUUGGACUGGAAUACACGGUGCAAUAUAAUCGAGGGGAUUGCGCAAGGACUUGAUUACUUGCACAAACAUUCAAGAUUAAACAUGGUUCAUAGAGAUCUAAAAGCAAGUAACAUCCUACUCGAUCAUGACAUGAAUCCCAAAAUUUCUGAUUUUGGCACUGCCAGAAUUUUUGAGCCAAAUGCAUCAGAAGUAAAAACCAAUAAUAUUGUUGGAACACCGUAAGAGCGACUCUUGUUUAUUUAUCUGCUUUCUUCUUCAUUCUAAUGGAUUGAACUUUCUAUUA